GGCCAGGCAGGACUCUGGAGGCCCCAGCAGCGGGGGCACCCGCCCGAGGCUGGGGAAACCCAGCUCCACCCAGGACGCGGCCAGCCCCCUGACCUGCAGGACCCCCGGCGCCUGGCCAGACCCCGGCCCGGCCUCGGCGGAGAGCGGCUGCCUCGGUGCCUCCUCCCUCCAGCCCGGAGUCCUGCACAGGCUACAGAGGCGGGGGCUGGUCUUACGGGGGCAGGGCACCCCCGGUCUCCUCACUCCUGGGGGCCCCUGUGGCUCUGACUCCCAGCAGCCCCUGGAGCGGUGUGUCCACCCACAAGGGCCCCUUUGCGCCAGCAGUGAGGCCCCAGCCAGAUGUGGGGGGCAGCUGCCCAGAGGCAUGCCCCCCACCCAGUCCCACCACCCCCACCUGCUGCUGCUGCUGCUGCUGGUCUGUCAGCCCCUGGCCCCCGGGGCGCAGGCGAUGGACUCCCUGCUGGCGCGGUGGCGGCUGUACCGGGACCAGUGCCUCCGCAACCUGAGCCUGCUGCCGCCCCCCACGGAGCUGGUCUGUAACAGAACUUUCGACAAGUACUCCUGCUGGCCGGACACCCCUCCCAACAGCACGGCCAACAUCUCCUGCCCCUGGUACCUGCCCUGGCAUCACAAAGUGCAGCACCGCCUGGUCUUCAAGAGGUGCGGGCCCGACGGGCAGUGGGCGCGAGGGCCCCGGGGGCAGCCGUGGCGGGAUGCCUCCCAGUGCCAGAUGGACGAGGCUGAGAUGGAGGACCAGGAGGAGGAGGCCAGGAUGUUGGCCAGCUUCCGGGCGAUGUACAGCGUGGGCUACUCCCUCUCACUGGCGGCCCUGCUCCUGGCCCUGGCCAUCCUGCUGGGCCUCAGCAAGCUGCGCUGCACCCGGAACUACAUCCACGCCCACCUGUUCCUGUCCUUCGUGCUCAAGGCCGGCUCCGUGCUGGCCACCGACGCGCUGCUGCAGACCCGCUACGGCCAGCAGAUCGGCGACGACCUCAGCGUGAGCGUCUGGCUGAGUGACGGGGCGGUGGCCGGCUGCCGGGUGGCCGCGGUGUUCAUGCAGUACGGCGUGGUGGCCAACUACUGCUGGCUGCUGGUGGAGGGCCUGUACCUGCACGGCCUGCUGGGCCGCCCCGUGCCCCGGAGGAGCUGCUUCCCCCUCUACCUGGGCAUCGGCUGGGGGGCCCCCAUGCUAUUCGUCAUCCCCUGGGCGGUGGUCAAGUGUCUGUUCGAGAACAUCCAGUGCUGGACCCGCAAUGACAACAUGGGCUUCUGGUGGAUCCUGCGCGCCCCCGUCUUUCUGGCCAUCCUGAUCAACUUCGGCGUCUUCGUGCGCACCCUGCGCAUCCUGCUGGCCAAGCUGCGCGCGCGCCAGAUGCGCCACUCCGACUACAAGCUCCGGCUGGCCAAGUCCACGCUGACCCUCAUCCCCCUGCUGGGGGUCCACGAGGUGGUGUUCGCCUUCGUGACCGACGAGCACGCGCAGGGCGCCCUGCGCUCAGCCAAGCUCUUCUUCGACCUCUUCCUCAGCUCCUUCCAGGGCCUGCUGGUGGCCAUCCUCUACUGCUUCCUCAACAAGGAGGUGCAGUCGGAGCUGCUGCGGCGCUGGCACCGGCGGCGCCUGGGCCGGGCUCUGCGGGAGGAGCGCCCCGUCAGCCUUCCCGCCUCGGCCCGGCCACCCGGCAGCCCCCCCGGCAAGAAGCUGCUGCUGUCUGGGGGCGGCGGCCAGGGCGCCCGCCGGGACCCCUCUUCGGACACCUCCCCGGCCGGCCACCUCCCCGGGUCGGCCGAGUGUCCCUUCUGAAGCCCCCAGAGCCCACAGUGGCGCGGACCGACCGGAUGGAGUGCGGUGGCCGAGGGUGGGGCCUCCCCUGUCCGGCCCUGCCCGGCGUGGGGCGGCGCCGCGGGGGCUCCGGGAGAUGUGUGUCCGCAACAAUAAAGAGCUGAGCAGC